AUGGCACCUCCUCCCUUACGUCCAGAAAAUGCUUUGAAAAGGGCUGAUGAACUGAUCUCUGUUGGCCAGCGUCCAGCAGCGCUACAGUCGCUUUACGAUUAUCUAACCGCAAGAAGAAUUCGUUGGGCCCAACCUUCUGCUAUUGAGCCCAUUGUCUUUAGGUUUUUGGAGCUUGGUGUGGAAUUGAAGAGAGGUAGAUUUAUUAAAGAUGGUUUACAUCAAUAUAAGAAACUUGUUCAGGGUUCCCCAGAAGGUCUAGCUUCCGUCGGUGCUGUUGCCCGUAAGUACAUCGACUUGGUUGAGACCAAGAUGGCUUCCGAACAGGCCAAGGCCGAAGAGCUCCAGAAGGAAGAGGAUGACGAUUUGGAAGGUGGUAUUACCCCAGAGAACUUGCUGAUUUCUGCUUACCAGCAAGACCAAUCCGUCGGUGGCUUUAACGAUGAGGCUGUAACAUCGUGGUUAAAAUUCACUUGGGAAUCAUAUCGUGCCGUUCUAGAUCUAUUGAGAAACAAUUCUCAUUUGGAGAUCACUUAUUCUGGUGUAGUCAGCAGAUCCAUGCAGUUCUGUUUGAAAUACAACCGUAAGAACGAGUUUAAGAGAUUGGCAGAGAUGCUUCGUCAGCACUUGGAUGCUGCCAACUACCAGCAAAACAAGAGUGGAAGUAACAUCGUGGACUUGGGCGACGACUCGACUUUGCAACGUUAUUUGGAGCAAAGAUUCCAUUUGGUGAAUGUUUGCGUGAAAUUGGAGUUGUGGCAUGAAGCAUUCAAAUCUAUUGAAGAUGUUUAUCACUUGAUGAAAAUGUCUAAAAAGCAACCCAAACCAUCCACCUUGGCCAACUAUUAUGAAAACUUAGCCAAGGUCUUUUACAUCUCUGGCAAUCAGACUUUGCAUACGGCUGCUUGGCAAAAAUUCUUCAAGCUCUACCUCACCAAUGAAAACGCCAAGGAAGAGGAGUUGCAGCGCUAUGCUUCUAUUGUGAUGUUGUCAGCUUUGGCUAUCCAACCUGAUUAUUUGCCUACCGUUGGCUAUGACCCUCAAAUGCGUCUAAACCGCUUGUUGAACUUUGAGUCAAAGCCAAGUAAGAAGGAGACUUUGGAAGCCGCAUUGCAGGAAGACAUCUACUCUAGAGUCGACCCAGAGGUCAAACAGCUAUAUGAGCUUCUUGAAGUCAACUACAACGUCUCUACCAUCAAGGAAGGUCUGGCUUCUUUGCUGUCGAAAUUGACCUCUAAAAGCUAUUUUGCAGACUAUUCUUCUUCAUUGAGAAGCUUGAUCGUUAGGAAAAUCUUCGUUAGUGCUUCGCAAGAGCAUGAAGUCAUCAACAUUGAUGAGUUGUACAAAAUGGCCACUCUACCUGCACCUUUGGAUAUGACUUACUGGGAUUUGGAGAAAGCUCUUUUGCAGGCCGCUAUUGAAGAUUAUGUAUCAUUCCAGAUCGAUCAUGAGGCCAAUACGGUCACUUUUGUACAAGAUCCUUUUGAUGCAUUUUCUUCAAGCACUGCCAUUCCCGAAGAGGAAGAGCAGCAAGAAGAGGAAGAAGUUGAAGAGAAGGCCCCAGAGGACGAAGUGGAGCAGGACGAGGACGAAGAAACCGAGGUCGAUGAAGAUAAUGAGAAUGAAGAGACUGCUGCUGAACCUGAACCGGUGGUGACACGUAAUGCUUAUAUCCGCCGAGCAUUAAUGUCUCUCUCUUCUGUUCUUUAUGAGACCGAAGGUUUCAAAGAGGCAUCAUAUUUGGACAAGGUCAGGAUUGCUCGCGAAAGUUUGAUCGCUCAAACGCAAGAGAUCAUUGAUGACACCAAGAGGAUCUCUGAGGAGCGUGCCAAGAGAUCGCAGGAACGCAAGCAGGAAUACCUGGCUUCUGUUGCAUUGAACGCUGAACAAGAUGUGGAGUUGAGACAAAAGCGUAUCAUGGAAGAAAGAGCCGCUAUCGAAGCAAGAAUGGAAGAGGAAGCACAGCGUCGUUUGGUUGAGAAGAAGAAGCGCGAAUUAGAGGCUCUGAAAUUGAGAGAGGUGAAGAACUUCAUCGAUGAGGUCAAUAAGAAAGGACAAGUGUACAUCGAUCCUGAGCAAGCCAAGAACAUGGAUAUCAAGGACGCUAGAAAGAUUAUUGUUGAACAAUUGUCUAAAGACCAACAAGAACUAGACGAAAGAAUGAACUUUGCUCUAAAAAAGCUAGACCACUACGAAAGAGCUCUGAGAAAAGUGGAGCUUCCAUUAUUGCAGAAGGAGGCCGAUGCUUUGAAGGACGUCGACUUAGGUAAGUAUGAAGCCAUGAAGCAAAAGAUUUUGGAGUCCGCCAAGGCUGAGCAUGAAGCUAAACUUGCCGACCAUCAACGUUUGACUCAAGUGUUCGGUGACUAUGAAAAGUUGAGAAACCGUUUGAGAGCUCAGUACGAUGAGAGGUUCGGUAAGGUGCAUGCGGAGAAUCAAGCUAAGCUUGAAGCUGCGAAGAAAGCAAGAAUUCAAGAAGUCCGUCAACAGCGUUAUGAAGAAUUGGUCGCCAAACGUAAGGAAGAGAUUGCCCUCAAAGAGAGAGAGGAACGUAUCAGAAAACAAGCUGAGCUCACCAAGAAGCAGGAUGAGAUUGCACGCAAACAAAGAGAAUUGGAAGAAGCCGCCGCCAGAAGACAAGCAACUUCCGCGGUACCCACGGCUUCUACUCGCGCCGAUCCAUUUGGCAGAGCUCAAAGAUCGAAAGAAGACAUGGAUAGAAUUGCCAAUAGACAGAGGGAAAUGGAAGAGGCCGCCGCAAGGAAGCAAAGCACCACUUCUGGACCUCGCACUGAUCCAUUCGGUAGAAGUCAAAGGUCUAAGGAAGAUAUGGACAGAAUUGCCGCUAGACAGAGAGAGAUGGAGGAAGCCGCUGCCAAGAAGCAAGCUGGUGCUGCCACUGCUCAACCUGCGGCCACUGAGGGCAGCAGGCCAAUGACGUAUGCUGAAAAGAUGAGAGCUAAGAGAGCAGCCAGAAAUACCGGUAAUUAG